UCCAUGUUCGUUUGUUUACAACUCUGUUUUAUGAAAAACGAAAAACCAUGACGGAAGAGAACUCAAGACCGGUGGACAGUGAUUUUAUUAUUUCUGGUUUCAAAGACGCCAGUUCAUAUUCCCAAGAAUCUCUUCGAUCUAUUUUGCUUGCCACUAGAGCUUCAAAUGCAUUGCCAGCAGCCGGUGAUGAUUAUGAUUACUACAGUACAUUUCAGGGAUUUCGCACAUUCUUGGCUCAAAAAGGACAGUCUAUUUUGUCACUCAUGACAGCAAUUGUACAGAACCAAGGUGUUCGAGAAAAAUUUCAAGAGAGAGAACUGGAAGAAAAGUUUGAUUUACUAGUUGAUGUAAAUGAUAUAAUUUUAGAAAAUGUUAGUACGAAUUUGGAUGAAGCUACAGGACUGAAAAAAUCUGAAGAAGAACUUUUGGUUGCAGUGAAACCAGUGUCUGCAAUAAAUACAAGUUGGAAUAAAAAGCAAUUUUCCACCAGUGCAACUCGUAAUUUGAAACUUUUAACUGCAAAAAAUGUGGUUAGACCUCAGCUGACAUUUAAAGACAAAGUAGACAACUCAAAUUCUCCAUUUGUUCCAAUUAUAAAAGAAAAACCUAACUCCAUCAAACCACUUGCUAUUAUUAUAGAAAAACAAGGCGAUUCUGAAGAGUUUUGUCAUCCAUAUGAAGUUGAAAUCGAAAAAUUUAAUCCUUCCGAAGAUAUGUUGCAACAUAAAGAAGUGUUGCUUCCUAAACCUUUGGAAGAAACUCCUCUUCUCAUGAUCACUAGAGUGGAAGAAUUGAAAAAUAUGUGUUCUGAAUUGAAAAAAGAAAAAGAAUUUGCUGUUGAUUUGGAACAUCAUUCCUACAGAAGUUUUCAAGGUUUUACAUGCCUUAUGCAAAUAUCUACCAGAGAAAAAGACUACAUAGUUGACGUCCUUGAACUGAGAAGUGAGCUUCACAUCUUAAAUGAAGUCUUCACUGAUCCAAGAAUAAUAAAGGUUUUGCAUGGUGCAGAUAUGGAUAUACUUUGGUUGCAACAUGACUUUGGCAUAUAUGUUGUAAAUUUAUUUGAUACAGGACAGGCUGCUCGAGUUCUUCAUUUUGCUCAUUUAUCUUUGGCAUAUUUAAUCAAGCAUUAUUGUAAAUUUGAUCUUGACAAACAAUUUCAGUUGGCAGAUUGGAGAAUCAGGCCUUUACCUGAGGAAAUGAUAAAAUAUGCCCGACAAGAUACCCAUUAUUUACUGUAUGUAUAUGACUGUUUGAAACGUGACUUAAUACAAAGUGGAAAUGAAAGGAAAAAUUUGCUUCUUUCAACAUUUGAUAGAAGUAAAAUAAUUUGCCUAAAAAAAUACCAAAAGCCACUUUUUGAUGAAGACAGGUAUUUAGAGCUGUAUAAGAAAAGCAAAAAGCUUUUUAAUGCAAAGCAGCUUUUUUGUUUAAAGAACUUGUUUUCAUGGAGGGACAAAAUUGCAAGAGAAAAUGAUGAAAGUUUAGCGUAUGUAUUACCAAAUCAUAUGCUGCUACAAAUAGCUGAGGCUUUACCUAGGGAACAGCAAGGUAUUUUAGCAUGUUGCAACCCUAUACCUCCAUUAGUUAAACAGCAGUUAAAUGAACUUCAUUCGAUUGUGCUAAGGGCAAAUGACUCCUCCUUGAGACAGUUGGAAAUGGUAGAACUUCAACAAAAAGCUCAAAGUCAUAAAGUGAACAAUCAAAUUGACUUGAGUAAUUUAGUUCAAUGUCCACAUGAUAUCCUGCACUUUGAAGAUAAAAGUUCCCACUCUGCCAAUGAAUCAUUUACCACACUCCCAUUGAUUACUCAAGAGCAUAUACAUACAUCACUUCAGAAAAAGAGGCCUGCAUUGUCUGCACUUUUUGAAAGGCCUGCAAAAAAGCUCAAGCUCGCAGCUAAUGAUGAUAAUACUACCAAAACAGCAGAUUCUAUUGUAAAGACAUUAAUUAGUCCUUUCCAAAGGUACAAAGUCACAGAAGAACUGCAGCCAAGUCAAAAAGAAAAAGCACACUCAACAGCAGCAAACAUAUCUACUGAAGGUGAUGUGAGUGACAAUCAAAAUGAUGUUUCAACAAAUUCCAAUCAAACUAGUUGCUUGGAAGAAAGUCCAGACCACAAAAAAGAAAAAUCCUCAUCAAAACCACCUGCUGCAAAAUAUGAAUCCACACCACUACAAAUAAAGACAUCCAAGAAGAAGAAAAAGAAAAAGCCAUUGCCUGAUGUGUCUUUAAUUGUACCAUCUCCUCCUCAAAAUAGAAGUGAACCUGAAAUUGUAACAGUUGAAGACGAUAGCUUUCAGCCCUAUGAUUAUAGCCAGACAGAUUAUGGAUCUUUUACAAGUAGUAAAAAUUCAAAAGGAGCAACUGAGCAAGAGCACAAGAAAAAUUCUCAGACUUAUGGAAGGCACUAUGGCAAAAAAAGAAAACAUGCAAAACAGGCAACAUUUGGUGCAGAAUCAUCAUCCUCUGGUUCAUGGAAAAAUACUUCAAAAUGGCCAAAAAACAAAUAACAUCUGUGUAUAUAUAUUUUAUUAAAUUUUAUACAUUAUUUAAAACAAUGCCUU